GAAAGGUAUUGAUUGAUUUGUUUUUUAGACAUAAAUCCCUUCAAAUGUGGGAUCACCACUUGCCAGCAAGCGUUUCCCAGUCCGAAGGCGUGUACUCAGCAUGAAGCCACGUGCGCAUCAACGCCCAAAACUUGCAAAAUAUGUUCGUUGGAGUUUCCGACGGCAGCGGAACUUGAAGCUCACAAUAUUGCCCACAUUCCUUCGGUUUGCCCGCGAUGUAACGGGAUGUUUGCGCUAGCUAAGGAUUGUCAGAACCACAUGACGGUUUGUCAGGGCGUAGAAAACGAGUCUCAGCCGGGCACCAGCAGCCAACAAUCCAAGAAAUCGCGCUCCGAGAAUAACCCCGAAGGGUCCGAAUCCUCUGACCAGGAGGGAGAUUCCACCGGUGCGCGUUCCUGCCGCAACUGCGGUCACAAAUUCCCACUGGCCGGCGAUAUUUUGUUCCACCACCAACGCAAGUGUGGAGCGCUGCGGAUGCGCGUCAAGUGCCCACGCUGCGACAAACACUUUACCCGGAAAGGAACGCUGGAGGCGCACCUCCGGCGACACGACGGCAUACGUCCCUUCCAGUGUGGCAAGCCCGGCUGCGCGAAAACCUUCUUCAACCAGGGGGCGUGCGCCAACCACGAGGAAGGCUGCGGAACGCUGGGAUUCGUUUGUGACGUGUGCGGAGCUACACUUUCGACGCAAGGUUCGCUCAAGCUGCACCGGGACAAGCACGAGGAACCCAAGAUGCAGUGCAAUCAGUGCGAGAAGCGGUUCCAUGACAAGCGGAGCCUACUGAAGCACAUGUCGGUGCACUCGGACGAGCGCAAGUACGAGUGCAAAGUGUGCGGCAAGCGGUUCAAAUCGGGCGAAGCUAACCGCGUCCAUCAGCGGAUUCAUACCCAGGAGAAGCCGUACGCAUGUCCGGAGUGUGACCAGCGGUUCACGUACAACUGCUCGCUGAAGGCGCACCUGGAGAAGAAAGCGUGCCUGGUGCGAUGAGCUUCUGGAGGGUAUGGAGAUAAGCAUUUGGAAGUGUUGAAAGCGCAUUCUCUGUUUCGAGCAGUAAAAAUAGUUUGUUUUCUUA